AUGGAUAGGACAUCGGGCGCUGAACCUGAGUCGGGGACCCAAGAAGGCAAGCCCGCAAAGCGAGACGCCUUCGCAGAGCUCCUCGCUCCUAAACCCAAGCAGCCGAAACAUACUAGCGAUCGAGACUCGCGCGACAAGAAAGCCGUCGGUGGGCCGCGGGAUGCUCUGGGCGCCUACAUUGCCCGGCCGGAGUCCUACCCCCCUAGCGUCGUCGUAUACUACAACGAGGACUUCGUCGUGAUCCAUGACCUCUUCCCCAAAUCCACCCUGCACUUGCUUCUCCUGCCGCGCGAUCCCGCGAAGACCCGCCUGCACCCGUUCGACGCCUUCGAAGACCGCGAGUUCCUGGAGAAGGUGAAGGCGGAGACGACGAAGCUGCGCACCCUGGCGGCGGGCGAGCUCAGGCGCCUGCAUGGGAAACAUUCGGCGCAGGAUAAGCAGCGACAGGAUGCUUUGGAUGCGGAUCCGCCGGCAGAGGAGCUGCCGCCUGGGAGAAACUGGGAGCAGGAAAUCAUGUGCGGCAUCCAUGGGCAUCCGUCGAUGAACCAUUUACAUAUCCAUAUCAUCUCCGUGGAUCGAUUCAGCGAUCGCAUGAAGCACAGAAAGCAUUAUAAUAGCUUCACCACGCCGUUCUUCGUUCCCAUCGAGGAUUUCCCGUUGGCGCCGGAUGAUGUCAGAAGGCACCCGGAUCGAGAGGGCUAUCUGAAAUAUCGAUUCAGAUGCUGGCGAUGCGGUAAGGAUUUCGGAAAUAAAUUCACCGAGUUGAAGAUGCACUUGGAGAAGGAAUUCAACGAGUGGAAACGGCUGUAA